CAAGACCAUUGGUAAGGAGUUAUGGCUUCUUCUAGUGGAACAUCUUCAAGGUCAGUAAUCCAAUUGAGGAACUAUGGUUCCAAAAAUGAUGAUCAUCUCCAACAAGUAAUAAAUCAAAGGAAACGCAAAAGGUUGAUAUCCAACAGGGAAUCAGCUAGAAGAUCAAGAAUGAGGAAACAGAAGUAUUUGGAUGACCUAAUGGCUGAAAUGAGUCAACUCAAGGAGGAAAACAACCAAAUUGUGACUAACAUAAACAUGGUGGAUCAGCUUUACUUGAAUGUGAAAGCAGAGAAUUCUGUUCUCAAAGCUCAAAUGGCUGAGCUAAGCCAUAGGCUGCAGUCUCUAAAGGAGAUCAUUGACUACAAGACUUCAGCAAAUGCUGCAACGACAACUAAAGAAACUGAGGAUUUAUGGAACUAUUAUGGAGAAAACAUGAAUAAUAUUGAUAUUAAUGGUGGAGAUGAUUCCUUGAAUUUGCUCCAUGUUAAUCAGCUUACCAUGGCUUCUAAUGAUGAACAGAUCAUUUGGUCGUUAUAAAAACAUUUAGAAUGAUAAAUGGAUUUCAAGAAAAAAAGAAAAUGAGAGUUGAUAAUUGGUUGUCUUUUGUUAUUACCGGGGGCGAACCUACAUUGAUGGUUGAGGGGUCAUGGGACCUCGUUAGCCUCGGCAAGACCUCUAUAUUAUAUCAUAUAUAUAUCUCUGCAUACAACUGAGACCCCUUAAAUAUUUUUCGUGUGCCCCUAAACAAAAAGAGGCGACGGGAAAGGGUGGUUUUGUGGGGAC